AUCCUUUCAACCCCACUGGUCUGGUCUUUUUGGCAAACCCUGCACCAAAUAAAUCCAUCACUUUCUACCUCUUUUUUCAUUCGUUCUCUUUCUCUUUUUUGCUAUAAAUUCGGCCACAAACCCCCAAACAGCCAUAAAAUAUCCCUUUCUUUCUUUCCUCUUAGCCACCCUCUUUUUCAGUUUGAUACCCAAUGGAAGAAGCACUAAGGCGGCUCAACGGAUUGCCCUUAACGGCGUCUCAUUUCGACGACCCCGUUUCCACUCCAAAUAACCACAGAAAAAAAUCUACUGCGUCUGCCAAUUCCUCCACGGCAAAUACUGACCGUCGCAUAACACGCGACGGUGCAACCUCUGGCGCAAUGCGAUACCGUGGAGUCCGACGUAGGCCAUGGGGCCGUUACGCUGCCGAGAUUCGUGACCCAAACUCUAAGGAACGGCGAUGGCUCGGGACGUUCGACACGGCUGAAGAAGCUGCACGUGCUUAUGAUUGUGCUGCACGUGCCAUGCGAGGACUCAAAGCUCGCACUAAUUUCGUGUACCCGUCUACUCCUUCCUCGCCGCAUUCUCUCUCCGAUCAACUUCUUUCUCCUCUUAACUUUGCCAAACAGUCCCAGAUUUCUCGUCAUCUCGCCACCUCAUCGAAUUGGUCAACAUUUUCUAACGCUCACACCUUUGAUUACCCUGAACCCGCGUCUCAUCAGAAGAUCAAUCCUCCCCCGUCUUUCCUCAACAUGCUUCUUCCUCCUCAUGAUAUUCAAAACCCUAACUUUGUCUCUUCUGCCCCUCAGUUUCCCCACGUCGACUGCCAAUACCAAUACCCCAAAUCGUCUUUUACUUCUCUCCCUAUAGAAAAAGAUGAUUUCUUACAUGACUCAGAGUUCAUCCCCAAAGAACCAUCAAGUUCCGGCCUUCUAGAAGAGAUAAUUAAUGGAUUUUUCCCAAAGCCCUUAAAUAAAACCCAAAAUCCCCAGUCUUCAAACGACAUGUCGUCUAUUUCUUCGGAGGCAAAUUUCGGCUACUCCGUCGUCGACCAACAACCCGGGCUUUCGUUUAAUUACCAAAGCGGACCCGUUCAGGCACCUGAAGAAAUGUCGUUUGUUAAUGGUUUGCCGAUGAACGUGCAGAUGGGUAUGGAGUCAGGGAAUUUGAUCAUGGAGAAUCUUCUUCAGUAUCCGGAGUUUUUCAAUGCUUAUGUUGCUAAAAUACAGAAUGCUUAAGUGAAGUUUAUUUCUCAAUUAUUUAGUUUUAUGUAACCGUAACUAAUUAUCUUUCUUAACUGCUUUGUGAAUGGGGAGUUUCAACUUUUGGAAUAUCGUGGAUGAUUAUCAUUGAAACUUUUAUGAGAUUUUCCCAAGAAUGUUCGUACGUGUGCAUUAUUAUCGGGUUGAUGAUGAUAGUGUGGUUAUGUGUUUUUUUUGCUUUUUGUUUUAAAUAUAUAAUUAUAGUUGACUUUGAAAUUUAUACGUGAUUCCA